AUGAAUCACUCUCGGGCCCACCUCAUGAUGCAGGCCGCUGGGCUGCAGCCCCUCUGCAGCAAGGGCUCCCCUUAGGUCGCCAUGGGCGCCAGCCUCUCUUGGGACAACAGCACUGGGCACGUCACCUUCCCCGAGCCACCGCAGGUCCUCUACGUGCUCCUGCCGGCGGUGUACUCCGUGAUCUGUGCCGUGGAGCUGGCGGGGAACACGACCGUCAUCUACGUGAUCCUCAAGGUGCCCAAGAUGAAGACGGUGACCAACGUGUUCAUCCUGAACCUGGCCGUGGCCAACGACCUCUUCACGCUGGUGCUACCCGUCAGCGUCACCGAGCACCUGCUGCAGCGCUGGCCCUUCGGGGAUCUGCUCUGCAAGCUGGUGCUGGCCCUCAACCACCACAACAUCUUCUCCAGCAUCUACUUCCUGGCGGCCAUGAGCGUGGACCGUUACCUGGUGGUACUAGCCACUGCGAGGUCCUGCCGUGUGCCCCAGCACACCCUCCGGGGGGCAAAGGUCACCAGCCUGUGCAUCUGGCUCAGCGUCACUAUCAUGGUGCUGCCCUACUUCGCCUUCACCGGUGUCUACAGCAACGAGUUGCAGGUCACCAGCUGCAGGCUGAGCUUCCCUCAGCCUGAGUGGGCCUGGUUCAGGGCCAGCUGCAUCUACACGCUGGUCCUGGGCUUCACGGUGCCCAUGUGCACCCUCUGCGUGCUCUACGUGGACCUGCUGCGUAGGCUGCGGGCCCUGCGGCUCCACUCCGGAGCCAAGGCUUUGGACAAGGCCAAGCAGAAGGUGACUGUCCUGGUCCUGGCUGUGCUGGCUGUGGGCCUGCUCUGCUGGAUGCCCUUCCACCUGGCCUCCAUCGUGGCCCUGAUCACAGACCUGCCCCAGACCUUGCUGGUCAUUAGCAUCUCCUACGUCAUCACCAGCUUCAGCUACGCCAGCUCCUGCCAACCUCUCCUCUACACCUUCCUGGACCACGGCUUCCGCCAGAGCUUCCGUACCACAUUCCGGUGCCCAGGGACCUGGCAUUUUGCCCUCUCGCCGAAGCAGAACAUCUCCACAGCAGAGAAGGUGCCAACCAAGUCUCCUCAGAAGACCCCAGACCCUCUGUUCCCUGGGGUGGUCCCGCCCCCCCCACAGCCCAGCAACAAGAGCAACAGCUCCCACCGGGAACUCUGUGGUGGGGACCAGAGCAGGCCAAGCGCAGGGCCUCCCGUGGGCCACAGCAUCCCUGGUGGGCAGAACCCAAAGUGGCAGGUGGCCCACAGCUUCCCUAAGGUGGAGCUGGACUGCUGA